AUGCUAAACCGGUUAAAACUGGAGAUCAGAACAAUAGGCAGCAUAAGAAUUAGAAAUCAAAAGGCAAGAAGUGGGAUAACAAGACAAGUGAAGGCACUAAAACUCCCUGCAAGCACUGUGGUUAACUAUGCUACUCAAGUGGAAGCUGCACAAACUAUGUUCUAUGCUAGCAAUGCAAUUGGUGCUGGCAUAACAAGGGAUGAAGAAGUUUGGUAUUUGGACAGUGGGUGUAGUAAUCACAUGACAGGAAAAGAGGAUCUGCUGGUGGAUAUUGACAUAAAUGUGACUGCAAAGGUUGAAAUGGGAACUGGACAGCGUGUAGAAGUGACUGGCAAAGGCACACUUGUGGUUGAAACCAAAGUAGGCAAGAGAUAUAUCAAAGAAAUAAUGCUGGUACCUGGACUGAAAGAGAACUUGCUUAGUGUGGGUCAGAUGAUAGAGCAUGGCUACUAUUUGGUAUUUGGAAAUCACAAGGUGGAAAUCUACAAUGACAGCUCUCUCUCAAAUCUGGUUGCAAAGGUACAAAUGAGAGGUAAUAGAAGUUUUCCCAUGAAACUGCAGGCUGAAAUGCACUUAGCUUAUAAAGCAAGUGUAGAUCAUUCUACUGAACUUUGGCAUAGAAGGUUUGGACAUCUCAACAUGAGAAGUCUGAAAUUGUUGAAAGAACAAGAUAUGGUAGUAGGACUGCCAGAAAUUAAAGGGAUUAAAGAGGUGUGUGAGGGGUGUGUUCUAGGCAAGCAGUGUAGAGAAGCAUUUCCAAGAGAGGCUACCACUAGAGCACUAACUCCACUAGAACUCAUUCACAGUGACAUCUGUGGUCCUAUGCAGACAGUUACCAAAGCUGGAAAUCGGUUCUUUCUCACUUUCAUAGACGAUUGCACAAGGAUGUGUUGGGUCUAUUUCUUAAGACACAAGUCUGAAGCUCUAACUGUGUUUAAGAAAUUCAAAGCCACUGUGGAAUUGCAAAGUGGUUAUAAACUGAAAAAGUUGAGAAGUGAUAGAGGGGGAGAAUACACUUCAGUGGAGUUUGACAGUUUCUGUGAAGAUUGUCCAACUAAAGCCUUGAGCAAAAAGACACCAUUCGAAGCCUAUAGUGGAAGGAAACCAGGGGUUAAGCAUCUAAAGGUAUUUGGCUCACUAUGUUAUGCUCAUGUACCAAAACAACAAAGACAGAAAUUAGAUCUUGCAAGCAAGAGGUGUAUCUUCCUGGGUAUGGCAGCUGAUUGGAAUGCAAAGAAGGAAACUGGUGUGAACAUUCAGCUCACUGGAAUCCGAGAAGAAGAACAAGGAGAAGAAGGGAGUUCUUGUGAAUUUGAAGAACAAUUGGAAGUGAAUGAGGUGCCUAGCUUAAACACUAGAAACAGUGAUCAAGAAAGGGUCACAGGUCCGCAGGAUGUUGAUCAUACUCCUCUCAAAUACAAGAGCAUUGCAGAAAUUUAUGAAAAAUGCAAUAUGUGCAUUAUAGAACCAGAAAGUUUUGAAGAGGCAGCAAAGGAUGACUCUUGGAAGAAAGCAAUGGAAGAUGAAAUCACUAUGAUUGAAAAGAACAAUACAUGGGAACUUGUGGAUAGACCAUUUGAUAAACCAAUCAUUGGAGUCAAAUGGGUCUAUAAGACUAAACUGAACCUAAAUGGAUCUAUGCAAAAUAAUAAGGUUCGGCUGGUUGCAAAGGGUUAUUCGCAGAAGCCUGGAAUAGACUUCAAUGAGACCUUUGCACCAGUGGCUCAGCUUGACACUAUGACAGCUUUGGUAGCAUUAGCUGCAUAG